AUGAAACUUGGGCACCUUUUCCUGGGCUCAGUGCCCCUCCUCCUCCUGAUACAUUGCAUUUGCACCUCCAAAGGGGACCUCCGAAGGUUUGUUGGCUGUGCUGUGAGGGAAUUCACUUUUUUGGCCAAGAAGCCAGGCUGUAAGGGGUUACGGAUCACUACAGAUGCCUGCUGGGGUCGCUGUGAGACUUGGGAGAAACCUAUCCUGGAUCCUCCCUACAUCGAAGCCCACCACCGAGUCUGCACCUACAAUGAGACCAAACAGGUGACUGUCAAGUUGCCCAGCUGUGCUCCAGGCAUUGACCCUUUCUACACAUACCCCAUGGCCAUACGGUGUGACUGUGGAGCAUGUUCUACUGCAACGACUGAAUGUGAAUCUGUCUGA